AUGGCGCGCUUCCUCCACGUCUUGCUCGCAGCUGCGAGGCUUGUUGCGGGACAGGCCAGCAGCACGUGUCCGAAUGAAGUCGCCAUUUACAAUCCGCAAGACCGCACCAUGGCCAUGUCAAACACCUGGUUCUUGGUCCCCGUGCCCAAAGCCGAUGUCAAGAAAGCGCUGCAGCAAUCAUAUCCGAGUCUGUUUAAUCUCGGGAGGCUCAAGUUGCUGCCUGUUCCCGCUGAGCUGAAUUUGGGCCCGGAUAUGCAUCCCGUGGUGGUUUCUGCGGGGCGCAACGACGAUAUCCGCCAGGGGGGACUGCAGCUGGCUACUGCGUUGAUGGUUGCCAGCUCCAUGAUUCCAUACGUUGGAGUGGGGGACUCGCAGACGCCGCUGAAUGCCCCGCUGGUUCUGUAUGUUGCUGGUGUUGAUAGCGUCACGCAAAGCUAUGUAUACAGCAUUAUCCCGUCUAUCGUUGGUAAGAGUUUCCAUGUAUACCGGGACUUACUUCAGUCCUGCCCCUGGCUAACACUCGGCGGCCUCCUCACGCGCAUCGGCGCCUUUAUCCCGCAAAACGCAGCCUUCCAGACCUACAGCGAUGGGUCGCUGGGCGUCAACUCCAAGUGGGCACAAGCGCCCAACCCCGCGAGCGGACCGGGCCUCUACUCGGAAGCCAUCGACCUCAAGUUCAUCAGCGAGCCCAACCAAGCCUCGCCCCGGUACUCGCUCAGCACCUGGAAAAAGAUUCUCAAUCAGCCGUCGCUGCUGGCAAACGCACUUAGUCUUCUGACUCCGCGGUGCCAGCGGAUCACCCUGUUUUUCAAUAAUAGUACUGCACAGCCUACUUUUCGCACUGGAAACGUUACGCUGGGUCCUUCGGCGGGUAGCGAUGUGCUCACGGCUACCUUGCAAAAGGCUAGCUCUGACGGCUCGGGCUUCUACCAAGGCGUCUAUGGCUUUUCGUCUUGCGCGCAGAAUAUAGGCUACGGAUUUGUGGUUCCAGAGGGAGAAGACUGCGAGGCUGCUGCACAGACUGUGGCGAAUACGCCUGGUGCUUUGUAG